GAGCAAACAGCCUACAGUUCCUGGAACUGCUCUGAGAAAGGCUGGACCAGUCGGCAUUCCCACCAACAGUGAGUGUCCCUUUCUCCCCACAUCCACGCCAGCACUGGGCUCACCUUCUCCGCUCAACCCGCUGCGGCUCAUCUGAGUAACUUCCUCCCCCAGGCGCGAUGCUGGCGGGGUGCACCCCUGCGCGAGCAGCGCUACUCUUCCUGCUCCUGGGGGCGGCUCUUCCUUACUGCUCAGCCAUCCCCAUAGACGAUGCGCGGAACCAGCUGCUCGCACGAGAGAAGAUGAUGCGGCUGGGGGGACAGCUGGUGCUGAGGCACGAGGAGGAGGUGGCCAACGCAAAGCUCAUGGCGCUCAAAGAGGCUGAGAUGCGGCAGGCCCUGAGCACCCAGGAGUUCCCGCCCAGUAUGCACUUCUUCCAGGCCAAGGGUCUCAUGGAGAGGAGUGAGGUCUUUAAAGUCCUGCAGAGAAUGCCCAAAGGGGCUGCCUUACACCUCCACGACUUUGGCAUCCUGAGUAUGGACUGGCUGGUGAAAAAUGUCACCUACAGGCCCCACUGCCAUUUCUGUCGCACCCCAAGGGGGGCCCUGAAGUUCAAAUUUGCCCACCCAACCCCCCCAGCACCUACACCAGCAGAAUGUUCGGAGUGGAUUUUGCUGGAGAAUUACCGUAAGCAGCUGCAGAACGUCUCUGAGUUUGACAACAACCUGCUGAAGGCCUUCACUCUGGUGACCAAGAACCCUGACGUGACUUACGCAACCCAAGACCUCAUCUGGUCCAAGUUUGAAAGCAUCUUCUUCAGCAUCUCUGGCCUCGUACACUUUGCUCCUGUGUUCAGGGACUAUAUCUCCCGGGCCCUGGCGGAGUUCUACGAGGACAACGUGCUCUACCUAGAGCUCCGGGCCAUGCUCUACCCGGUCUACGAACUAAACGGGACACUCCAUGAUCGAGAGUGGUCAGUGAGGACCUACAAGGAAGUGGCUCAAAUGUUUGCGAAAGAACAUCCUGGGUUUAUUGGAAUCAAAAUCAUUUAUUCGGAUCACAGGUCCAAGGACGCGUCACUCGUGCUGGAAUCCGUGCAGGCUGCCAUGGCGCUCCGGGCCAUGUUCCCCAGGAUGGUGGCGGGGUUCGACAUGGUAGGACGUGAGGACACUGGCCACUCCCUGUAUGACUACAAGGAAGCGCUGAUGGUUCCAGCUUCACGUGGUGUUAACCUGCCAUACUUUUUCCAUGCUGGAGAGACAGACUGGCAGGGUACUCCCUCAGACAAAAACCUUCUGGAUGCGCUACUACUGAACUCUACCAGGAUUGGCCAUGGAUUUGCUUUGAGUAAACACCCGGCAGUCUUGAUUGAUUCCUGGAAGAAGGAUAUCCCCAUCGAAGUCUGUCCCAUCUCUAAUCAGGUCUUGAAACUGGUGUCAGACCUGAGGAACCACCCUGCAGCGGUCCUGAUGGCCGCUGGGUACCCCAUGGUGGUCAGCUCUGAUGACCCAGCUCUCUUUGGUGCUAAAGGCUUGUCCUAUGACUUCUAUGAGGCCUUCAUGGGCAUUGGGGGGAUGGAAGCUGACCUGAGGACCCUCAAACAGCUGGCCAUGAACUCUAUCAAGUACAGCACCCUGAUGCAGAGUGAAAAGAUGGCUGCCAUGGCAACCUGGGAGCGCAGAUGGAAUGAGUUUGUGGCUGACCUGGCAAAAUGACCAAAGUGAGGAGAGCCAUUUAUCCCCCAUCCCUCUCCCAUCUUUACUUAUGCUCAGCCUUGAGUCCACCAGUGUGUCCUCCCCUCCAUUUCCUUACCAGCACUGACCGUAUAGGCCAGCAAUGGCUUCUGCGCUGUCCCACCUCUCAGGAACAUGUGACCAGUUGACCAAACUCAGAGUUUUAGACUUUUCUUAUCUCUCAAUCUCUCUGUUAUCAGUCUUAGUCUUUCUCUUGAUCAUUGCCUUUCCCAGAUGUUCCUUCUCUGUGCUCUUCCUGAUGGGUUUCCUCAGCUGAUGGUGCUCACACUCCCCGAAAAUAUCUGGGGGAGGGGUACACCCGGCGAUGCUCAUGGCUUACUCCUGGCUCUGCACUCAGGAAUUACUCCUGGUGGUGCUCAGAGGACCAUAUGGGAAGCCAGGUUGACUGUGUGCAAGGCAACACCAUACCCACUGGACUAUCUCUUUGGCCCCACAUUUUUUUUCUAUAUUUUUUCUGAUGGUUUCAACAAUGCAGUAUAUUUAUGCUCUAGGUCUGUCAUGUUGUUGUAUCAUACCUUCCACUGAAGUGUCAAUAUUCCU